AUGAUACCGCUCAAGUACACACGGCUACUGAUCUACCCAUAUCUUAACCAAAAUGCUGCUAAAGUUAGUUUAACAAUCAAUAGAACUUAUUAUUCAGCAAAAUCUUAUCAUGGCAAUCACCAACAACGAGAUAAGCCCAACGCAAAUAUAUUGAACGACACAAAAAAUGGCAAAAUGCAGGAACAGAAUAAGGACUGGGACCAGAACCAGAACCAUGAGCAAGGAAUUGGAAGAGAAAAAGAAAUGGCAAAAUAUGAUCAAUUGAUUAAACAGGCUGUGCAUCAAUCUAUUGGCAACUCCGGAACAAACACCAAUGUCAUCGGCGGCACAUCUUAUGAAUUUGCAACAAAGCCGCUAAGUAGUGCCAACUUUAGCGAGCCUUCGAAAAGACUACCGCUACGCACCAUUCUUUUUCUUAUAGCUGUGUCAUCAACAUUGAGUAUGCUACUAUAUUCUGUUGUGCAAUAUAUCAAAUUCGAAAGCGACACCAUGGAAACAAAUGGAAAACUUCGUCUGCAGUCUAUAUUUUUUUUGCCGCUUUGGUUUAAUACAAAUAUUUUGAGUAAAAAAACAUACAAAUACCCUUAUGGUAUACGCUAUCUUGAUCCAGAGUACUACGAAUACCUUGUGACUGAGAUUGCCCAAUUUAAUCAGCAAAGUUCCGGUCACUUGACCACCUCACACGAGGUUGAGAAUUUUGUGAAAAGCUUGGAACUUAACAAUGUGUAUUAUGGUGUUUUGGAGAAAAUUUCUGCUAACAAAAAGAUACGAGAGCUUUUUGGAUUACCAUUGGUGCUAGAAUCUCGAAACGAAAAAGAUCAAAAGAACCUGACAAACCCAAUUAAUUUCAAAGAUAAUGAUUUUAAGAUUUGGGUUGAAGUGAAACAUCCAAGUGUUUCAGGCCUACAAAUUGAACUUGCCAAGUUCAAGGAUCAGUCAUCUGAAAUAGUGAAAAAAAACAUCACAUUUAAUUGGACAGUUAAGCCAAUUAAUUGGCGAGCAAUUACUGAUAAUGUAUUGACCUUGUUGGGUAUCGGUCUCAAUAAACUCGAAACCUCGAAUGCCAACAUCAAGAUCCACGAGGACUCAAGCGGAAGAAUUCACGAGGUUCAACAGGAGAAAGACAAGCAUCAAGUAAUCCAAAAGAAUCGCGAUUACGAAAUCAAUUUCAAGAAUGAAAUAAAUGUAAUGAACAAGUCUGGAACAAAGACAGGCGUAGUGCGAUAUCAGGGACAUAUUGACUUUGACCAUUUGCUUAUCAACAAGGGGGUUAAGAUAACCAGGAUAGAUCUCGUGUUUGAAGACACUGUAUAUAGGAUUGCAUAA